ACGAGAAUAGAAUAUGUCUGGACGUGGUAAAGGAGGAAAGGGACUUGGAAAGGGAGGCGCCAAACGUCACAGGAAGGUACUUCGUGACAACAUCCAGGGUAUCACCAAACCAGCUAUCCGUCGUCUUGCUCGCCGAGGUGGUGUCAAGCGUAUCUCCGGCCUGAUCUACGAGGAAACCCGAGGAGUUCUCAAAGUAUUCCUCGAGAAUGUCAUCCGAGAUGCGGUUACCUACACCGAGCAUGCCAAGAGGAAGACCGUCACAGCCAUGGAUGUCGUCUAUGCUUUGAAACGCCAGGGACGUACCCUCUACGGAUUCGGUGGUUAA